UAUAGGUAAUUUUGAAGGAAUCCGGAAGCGUUUAUUUCACGAUGCAAUUCCGACAAAAUUUCCAUCUACCGUUGAAGAUAACAUGUACAACACAAAUGUUCAGCAGGAUAUAGACCCUUCCUUCAAUACAGAUGGCAGCAAUUCAGUUAGCGAACAUAAUCUGGAUAAGCCUGGGCAGCAGACCGGCUCCUUUUCUAACACAAGCCAAAAGUGAAGAUACAUCUGUCAAAUAUAUUGAAUACACUGUUAGUUAAACAUGUUUGUUAAAUACUUGUUUAGGAAUCGCUAUUACUAAAUAGCACAUACCUGUUUCAGUUAUAAGUAGCUUUCCCUGUU